UCUAAAGCACCAAAUCCAUACUCAUCACACUGAAAUUUCUUCCUGUGAUCAAAGCUCUAAACAAAACCAUCAAAUUUUACUAAACCCCCCAUCGUUAAUGGAACCACCGGCUGCCGAUUGCCACCACGUCCCUUCUUCGGCACGAUACAGAGGCGUUCGCAAGCGAAAAUGGGGCAAAUGGGUGUCUGAAAUCCGCGAGCCAGGGAAGAAAACUCGAAUAUGGCUCGGGAGCUACGAAGAGCCAGAAAUGGCUGCCGCGGCCUAUGAUGCGGCGGCAUUGCACCUGAGAGGACGUGGCGCGGUGCUGAAUUUUCCUGAAUUGGUUGAUAGCCUGCCGAGGCCGGCGAGUUCUAGCCCGAUGGACGUGCAAUUGGCGGCUCAAGAGGCUGCAUUGAGGGUUAGGAGGCUGCGAAUGGGGGCUGUUUCGACUGAGGUGGCGGGUGACUCGUCCUCGCCAAGGGACUUGAGCUCAAUGCCUGUGACGGUGGGGCUGUCGCCGAGUCAAAUCCAGGCUAUUAACGAGUCGCCAUUGGACUCGCCGAAGCUGUGGAUGCGGUACAUGUACAGGGCUCAUUGCCAUGAGGGUCUGUCGUUGUUAGGGGACGACAUGUCGUGUGUUGAGUAUUAUGAUGAGGAGGUUGAGUUGGGGGGGGAGUGUGAGAAUAUCCAGCAUUUGUCCAUAUGGGACUCCUACUUAUGAGCCAUUAGUUAAUUAGUUUAUUAAUUAUACGUACUUGAGACAAAGCAAGUCACCUUUUUUUGGUUUUAAUUUUGGAAAGUUGAAAACUACUAUUGUAUCCAAAUAUUCACCCAAAAAAGAAAGUUGUAUAAUCUAUAUGAUUAAGAGCA